AUACUCUUCCUGCUUGGUUUAAGUUGGUUAUUACUGGAUAUCUUACUGCUUCUAGUGUGUCUCAGGAAACCUCAUACUAAUAUACCCCCACAUUAAUCUAAUGGCAUACAGUAUAAAAGAGUGCAGAGUUGCUCUGCACCAGCUCUCAGAUGCUGCAGUCAGGAGUGGCUGGUGCCCUGAGCAGAGCCUCAUUCAAGCAGCAACUGACGUGUGCAAACUCGAGCCUGAAGCAAUGGAGGGCAGCAGCUCAUCCCUACCCUCCAUCAUGACAGUUUACAUCAAAGAGGAGCCUGAAGAUGAGGGAGAGGACAUAACUGUGAAGGAUGAACCACUUUGCAGUGAAGAAUAUGAGCAAACUCCACUUCCCUCAUCUUGCAAGCCAUGCAAGAAAGAGGUUCAAGUUGAGGCUCACGAGGCCUGCACCAGCGCCUCACAGUACACUGCUGCAGUGCCUCAUAAGCAGGAUGUCUUGCCUUACAAUGCCCAGAGCAACAUUGGACAGGAUGAGUGGAUGGCAGUUUCUCCAGAAAACAAGGAAAAAAAUAUUUCUGUUGCUGAGAAAAAUAUUUCUUCAGUGCCCAAUAGAGCAGCUUUAGUCCAGGAAGUUCUCUUUGAUCAGCCUGUGGCUGAGUUCAAGUCUUUUGAGUCAAACUUGCCCAACAAAGACAAUGGAAGAUUAGCGGAGGAAUUGCAUAAAGUUUCCUCAUUGACUGAUUCAUCCCAUUCUGAAGUUCCUUUUAAUGCCCUCCAGUUAAACAAAAAUGAUUUUGGAUCUGAAUUUAAAUGCAAGUUAUGUGACUAUGUAACAGCUAAAAAACAAAAUCUCCAUAGGCACUUGCUUGCAAAACAUGGUUUGGGGAAACGAUUCCAAUGUAAGUUGUGUGAUUAUGUUUCGGGCAGGAAAACACAACUCAAAAUACACAUGUUCUCUGAACAUGGUUUUGGGAGGAGUCUAGAAUGUGAUCUGUGUGACUAUGUUACUGCUCAAAAAAAAAGUUUCCAAUAUCACCUGUUUGCAAAACAUGGCUUGGGGAAAGGACUCAAAUGUAAGUUGUGUAAUUAUAAAACUGACAGACAAACACAACUCAAAGCACACAUGUUCUCUAAACAUGGUUUAGGGAAGAGUGUAAAAUGUGAUCUUUGUGACUAUGUUACUGCUCAAAAAAAAUGUUUUCGAUAUCACCUGUUUGCAAAACAUGGUUUGGGGGAAGGAUUUCAAUGCAAGUUGUGUGAUUAUAGCAACUGUAGACUAGAUUUUCUUGAUAGCCACAUGUUUUCUAAACAUGGCUUAGGGAAGGGAUUCCCAUGUGAGUUCUGUGAUUAUGUCACUGGUUCGAAAAGUUCUCUCAAUAAGCACCUGAAAUCCAAGCAUAUUCUGGUUAGUGGAAGAUCUAUUAGUGCAAGUUGUAGUACUGUGACUUCAAACAGUCUGAUCUAUACUUAGUUUUGGGGGUAUUGGGAUAUUCUGUUUGCAUAGGUUGCAACUGGUAUAUAUCAGAUGAAAUUUGUACAGAUUUAUGACUAUUGUUCGGUAUAGGUAUUCCAUUUUGAGUUUAGUUAUGCCAUAAUCAAAUUUAAAUGACACUACCUUGAAUAAACUAGGGUGGUUUUUAACUUGGUAUUGGAUUUUUACCAAGCUUGAUUUAGACCUAAGAGGUUGUGAGAAUAUAUAUUUUAUAUUUAUUAAAUUCAAAACUGUGUAUUUCAAAGCCUAUGGUAAUCUCAUCAAUUGCAUUCAAUAAGUUUGAUCUCAACAAGGGCCUAUACUUUCAAAAAAAGU